CUGGACUGGGAGAGAACUCUCGGUGGAGAAUGUUGUUAAGUGAUGCACCGACCCGACGAUGGCUGCACAUCAGUCUUGUCAGCCUGAACAUGGAGCGUAGAAAUGUGUUCAAUCAGGCAGCGUUCCAGGCAAAGAGCGCCCGCGAGCUGACCGACGCCGUGGCCGACUUCAUGGACUGCAGCAUCGUCAUCCCGCCCACAGAGAUCCAGAACGAAGCGAUGCUCAGCUCCAUCAUUAACUUCCAGAAGAAACUCCUGCAGGACAGGUCAAGGUCUUCUGAUGCCGCGCCCAGUCUGGACUCCAAACCGCGCAGAGUUUCCAUCUCGACUGGCUCCCUACCUGAAGACCCCCUGUCCCGCACUGGUCGCCCAUUUGGCGGGAUGAUUCGAGACGUAAAGAGGCGCUACCAGUACUACAAGAGUGACAUCACAGAUGCUCUUAAUGCUCAGGUCCUUGCUGCCGUCAUCUUCAUCUACUUCGCCGCUCUGUCUCCCGCCAUCACCUUUGGAGGACUGCUGGCUGAUAAGGUGGACAACAUGAUGGGCGUGUCAGAGCUCCUCAUCUCCACCAGCAUUCAGGGGAUCAUCUUCUGCUUCGUCGCUGCUCAGCCCGUCCUGGUCAUUGGGUUCUCUGGUCCUCUGUUGGUGUUUGAGGAGGCCUUCUUUGCCACCUUUAAGAGUCAUCCGCUCAUUCUGAAUUACGACCAUCUGAAUGACACUUUAGAAAAUCCCUGGUAUCCGAAGGUAGUAGAGACGGUCACGUAUGACAACGCUACCGGCAACACGACUGUUACGGUCAACACUAUAAAGUUACCGUACCCCAACACAGCCCUGCUCUCCAUGUGCCUCAUGUUGGGUUGCUUCUUCAUUGCUUUCUUCCUGCGCCAGUUCAAGAACGGCACUUUUCUUCCCGGAAAGGUCAGACGUUUGCUUGGUGACUUUGGUGUGCCUAUUGCCAUUUUCCUCAUGAUUGUCGUGGACUACAACAUUAAUGACACCUACACUCAGAAACUAGUUGUUCCCAAAGGUCUGAUGGUGUCCAACCCAGCCAAAAGAGGCUGGCUUAUCAACCCCUUCGGAGAGCACAAGACUUUCCCUGUGUGGGUGAUGUUUGCAUGCUGUGUCCCGGCCUUGCUCGUCUUCAUUCUGAUCUUUCUGGAGUCUCAGAUCACAACUCUGAUUGUGAGUAAGCCCGAGAGGAAGAUGGUCAAAGGCUCCGGUUUCCACUUUGACCUGCUGGUUUUAGUCGGCAUGGGCGGACUCGGUGCAAUAUUUGGCGUGCCGUGGCUCAGUGCGGCCACGGUGCGAUCUGUGACCCACGCCAACGCCCUCACCGUCAUGAGCAAAGGACCAAAACCUGUGAUUGAGAAGGUGAUGGAGCAGAGGGUCAGCGGUAUUCUGGUAGCGCUGCUGGUUGGUCUGUCGAUUCUGAUGGAGCCGAUCCUUAAAUUGAUUCCCAUGUCGGCCUUGUUUGGGAUCUUCCUCUACAUGGGAGUUACAUCACUCAAUGGCAUCCAGCUGUGGGAUCGUAUGCUGCUUCUUCUCGUCCCGAAGAAAUACCACCCUGAUGAACCCUACGCCACCAGAGUGAGCACAGGACGAAUGCACUUCUUCACGGCCAUCCAGAUAGUGUGCCUGGCACUUUUGUGGAUUAUUAAGUCCAGUCCGGCAUCCCUCGCGCUUCCCUUCAUACUCAUCCUCACCAUCCCUCUACGCAUGGUCAUGACUGGACGUCUCUUCACUCAACUGGAGAUGAAAUGUUUGGAUGCAGACGACGCCAAAGUGACCUUCGAGGAGGAGCCGGGGCAGGAUGUAUACUGUGAAUCUCAGAUGCCAUUGUAGAUGCCUUCCAUGACAGCUAUCAUGCCAGCAAUACUUUUAUUUAACAAAAAUAUAUUAAUUUUAUAUGUGGCUCAAAUGAAUGUUUCAUCUACCUAUGAGCACAAACCUUUUUUUGAGUGUUUUUUCAUGAAAAAUGCAGAUAUAAAUUCUAUCUUUAUAGUGUUGUUAUGGACGAACGCUAAUAUCUUGUUUAAAACAUUCCGGAAGCGUUUCAACAGUCACUCAGGUAAAUUAUUUGCAUUGUGUUGUUUGGUGUCUAAUAGCUUGUGCUUUACACACUACUGAAGCUGGGAAUGGUAAAACUGAUAACACUGGAGAGCAACGCAUAUAUCGCAAAAGUGAGAGAGGAAAUCAUGAAUUUUUGUGGUUGUCAAGUCUAUAUCAUGUGUUGUAUUUCUGUCUACUUGUCAUCUCUCUACAAAUAAUAAAACCU